GGUGAAAUUCUCCUUUGCUUCACAGGCACAGAAGCUCUUUUUGCUGAUCUGGGAUACUUCAGCAUCAGAUCGAUCCAGAUGAGCUUCACCUUCAGCUUAUUACCUUCGGUGUUGCUCACAUAUAUUGGGCAAGCGGCAUACCUGAGGAAACACACAGACAUGCGUGUGACUGACAUACCUAAUGUUUUUUUCAAUUCAAUCCCAAGCUCUUUGUUUUGGCCAACUUUUGUCCUAGCUCUCAUUACAUCUGUCAUUGGAAGUCAAGCUAUGAUCUCGUGUGCCUUUGCAACCAUGUCUCAUUUACAAGCACUCAACUGUUUUCCAAGGGUCAAGAUACUACGUACAUCAAGGCGUUAUUCAGGCCAGCUGUACAUCCCUGAAGUGAACAUCUUCCUUUGUAUUGCUGCUUGUGUUGUUACCAUAAGCUUCCGGACAACUGGUUUCAUUGCGAAAGCACAUGAAAUUUGUGUGGUCCUUGUGAUGGUCAUCACAACCCUAUUGAUGACAAUAGUGAUGCUGCUUGUGUGGAAGGUAAACAUUUGGUGGAUCGCCAUCUUCUUCAUUGUCUACAUAUCAACUGAGUCUAUCUACACAGCUGCAGUUUUAUAUAAGUUCGCCCAUGGACCUUAUGUGCCAGUGGCUAUGUCAGCUGUUCUCAUGUUAAUCAUGAUUGUCUGGCACUACGUGCAUGUCAAACGGUACAAAUAUGAGCUUGAGCAUAUUGUGUCACGCGAUGAGGUGAAAGAUCUACUUGAACGUCGAGACCUAAAGAGGGUCCCAGGGCUAGGGCUUUUCUACACUGAGUUGGUUCAAGGGAUACCACCCAUAUUCCCUCACCUCAUCGAGAAGAUUCCUACCAUUCACUCAGUGAUUGUCUUCAUCACGGUGAAACGUUUGCCAAUUCCGUAUGUUGAUGUCUCCGAGCGCUUCCUCUUUCGACAAGUGGAGCCCAAAGAGUUCAUGGUGUUCUGUUGUGUGGCAAGAUAUGGGUACCGCGAUAAGCUCGAGAUGGCCAACGAUUUUGUUAAAGUCCUAGUUGAGUACCUCCAAUACUAUGUGAGGGACUUAAACCUCUAUGGAGUUGGUGAUGAGCCAUUGAAAAUUAUCUUCCAUAGUGCUCGUGUUGACAGCUUUACUUGGGAGAGGAAGCCCUCAGGACAUGUUAUCUAUGCUGAGGAGAUGCUUACACCAGCCCAAUCCUUCUCGGAGCUCACAAUGCAUCCAGUCUCCAUGAGCAGUAGAUUGGCACAUUUCCAGGUGGGGGAAAUGAACCUAGAGGAGAUGUUGAAGAUUGAGGAAGAUCAAAAGAUCAUCCAACGCGAGGUGGAUAAUGGUGUUGUUUAUAUUAUUGAGGAGAGUGAAGUAGUAGCCAAGCCUCACUCCAACUUGUUAAAGAAGAUUAUUGUGAACUACAUCUACAGUUUCCUAAGGAAAAAUUCAAGGAAUGGAGAGAAGAUGUUAUCCAUUCCAAGAGGCAAACUACUCAAGGUUGGGAUAACCUAUGAGAUCUAGGUCUCACAUAAGUUUACAUAUUAACAGAAUGAUGUAUUUUCCUGGCAUGCAUGUUAAUAUGUGAUAGCAAUGAGAGCUUACUGACGCAAUGUCUGAAAGAUAAAUAUAUAUAUUUCAAGAAUUCAAUGUCUAA